AUGAUAUCUCCGACGUUGUUUCCUCUCUUCUGCGCUUUAUUUCUCUGUCUUCCGGUUGCCAUCAUCUUCACAGUCCAAAGAGAAGUAACCGGCGUAGUCUCACCGGAAUUUGGUUUCCGCUCUCUCUCAGUCUUCUCCCUCUACACUCGAAAUGUCCCCGACGCUUCUUCUCCGGCUAUUCCCAUUCGACAACCGAUUCCCAAAGACGACGAACCGCUUCUCCGACUCGCUUCUCGGGUUAACCCGAAUCAGCCUCCCGGAUCGACCCGAAAAUUGGCUUUUAUGUAUCUAACGACGGCGCCUCUUCCUUUUGCGCCUCUGUGGGAGAUGUUCUUCGAUGGAAGCUCCAAGGAACUUUUCAAUGUAUAUGUUCACGCGGAUCCGAUCCGAGAUUACGACCCGCCGUUCUCCGGCGUGUUCGCGAACCGGGUAAUUCACUCGAAACACUCGGAACGAUACACACCCACUCUCGCAGCGGCGGCGCGUCGGCUAAUCGCAUACGCCCUUCUCGAUGAUCCACAAAAUUACAUGUUUGCCCUGAUCUCACCUUCCUGCGUGCCCAUUCGCUCCUUUGACUUCACCUACAAGACAUUGGUCUCGUCUCGCAAGAGCUUCAUCGAGAUACUCAAGGACGAGCCGUGGCAGUUCGACAGAUGGGCGGCGCGUGGGCCAAUCGCGAUGCUGCCUGAAGUGAGGCUCGAGGAGUUUCGGAUCGGGUCUCAGUUCUGGGUUUUGAAACGGAGGCACGCGCGUGUGGUGGCGCGUGACCGGAGAAUCUGGGCGAAGUUCAACAAGACGUGCGUGCGGGAAGACACGUGCUAUCCCGAAGAAAAUUACUUUCCUACCCUUCUUAAUAUGAGGGACCCACGCGGGUGUGUACCCGCCACGCUCACUCACGUGGACUGGACCAUCAACGACGGAGGUCACCCGCGGAUGUACGAGGCAGAGGAAGUGGUGCCUGAGCUGAUCGUGCGGCUGAGGAAUACUCAACCGAGAUACGGUGAGGAUGGAAUCAACGGUUCAGAUUGGUCCGCGAUCAAGCGGAAUGAUCCGUUUCUGUUCGCGAGGAAGUUUUCUCCCGAGUCUCUCGAGCCGUUGUUGGGUAUGGCUAAGAGCGUGUUGUUUAAUGACUCGGCCUGUGGUGCGUGA